CCUCCGUGUAGCAGCCAAACCGCCGCAGCCGCUCCAAAGACUUCACGUCCUUCUCUGAUGCGGAGGGCCUCACUCAUCCACAGAAGCAGAAGAUCACUGAGAACGUUUGCGUCAAAUGUGAAACAAAGGCUACGACGUUCAGUAUCGCGAUCCCAUUUGUCACGAGCUCCUAACCGCAACAACCCAAGAGUUGGUGAACAGGGAAGUGGGAGUCACUCAGCCGCACCGCGACCUGUGCCAGGUCACUCGGCAAUGGGGCGCCACAGGGAAGUAAGAGGUGCAAAUGACAAUGCAAUCACAAGGCGUGCUACUCAUCAUUCCAAUGCUGUCGAUUGUGAGAAAACGAAAAGCUUGUAG